AAAUGGAAAACAAGUCAAUUAUUAUAAAGAAGUUCGCCGAAGCGUUAGCUCAACGUGUAUCGCAGACUCUAAGGGAUGAAGAGAGGGCCUUCAUUGGAGUUCCUUUGCAAUGUCGAAUUCUAGCCGAGUGCUACCAAUCUGAAGUUGAAAAACGGAUAGAAAACGACAACGUAGCAGAAUGUGUAACAUUUAGGCAUCAAAAUUUCGAUUUAAAGAGUCUGCACCACCGCCUUUUGAAUACGAAACGGCGAAUCUUUCGGGAAGAAAAGGCAAAAUCAUUAAGUUUCAAUCGAAUCGGGAAAUGUGCAAUGGAUUUCUUGAUCGAUGACAUUGAGUCUCAUCUGACAAAAUUGGCCAUAAAGACACUUGUCGUGAACGAGAAUAAAUUAAAUAUUUUAUGGCCCUCUCGGCUGUUAUAUUUUCAAUCGGCUACUGAAAAAUCUGAAAAGGAAAAUAAAAUAACUGAUCUAGGAGUAAAAUACGGAUUAAUUCUAAUUAUGAAUGGUGAAGAGAAAUCUAAGGUCCAGUUCGUUCAUCGCACCUACGCCGAGUACUUCUUCGCCCAAUAUUUGUAUAGAGGAAUGGACAUAAACAAUUUCGACAACAACCAGCUUUUAGAUGAGGUCCCUGUACGCAACUUGGUCGUUAAUGAAAUUUUAGUUGAAGGGAAUUAUCACGGAGUAAGGGUAUUUUUGAAUUCCAUGCUGAAUAAGACAGAAGAUGGUCGAAGAACGAAUCUACCAAUUCAGUUGAAAAAAUUUGCUGAAGAUUUAGCUCAGAACAUCAGUCAGCCACUACCACGUAAUGAACCUAAUCCCAAUGUUCGGCACACCAACGCUUUAACUGUUGCCCUCAAAACUGAAAACUUGUUUCAUGUUUUACUCGAUUGUCUCGAUGGAACGUUGUACGAAACUGAGACGAAGCGAGUCGUCAAGGCUGCAUUCCAACGCCCUUUUGACUUUUCUAUUUUCUUACAUCAGAGCAAUAGCCAACUAUUUCAAAGAGUUCUUUCUUACUACCGCGGCGCAGACGCCGUUGACGUGGAACGUUUCGUCAAUGAAUUGUUACACCAACCCAUGAUGAUGAGAUAUUUAUCUCAAUCCUAUGUCAACGUUUGGAACAACGAGGAGGCAAAAGACGUCGUGAAAAUGGUGUUAGAUUGUAUGGAAAGUCACACAACAUAUUUCAAACAAGUUUUGAAUUCCGAACGGCCACCGUUCAGACCAAGGCACACGUCGGUCACAUUACUACAUUUUUUCAUCUUUAAUGACUAUUACAACAGCGUCUUAAGCCAAUGUUUACGCCUCCUAUCUUCCAUCUACUCCGAAGACAACAACUUUAUUGAACUAAUAAAAUUUACGUUAAAUAUGCACGAUUACAAUAAUGAUAACUGGACGUGUCCAUUCAACAAUGGAAUUGAGAAGACCCUAGACAUUUUACGAGAUCUGCCACGACCAAGAGUGAUGCAAGGUUUAUGUCAUUUGGCACUCGUCAUUAAUGUAUUUGAAAAAUAUUACUUACCGGACAAAGAAGAUUCAUUGGCAAAUCCUCCUCGAAUGACUAGACUUCAUUGGGCGGCGUUUAAUGGCGACGUGGAAGCGAUUGAAAGCGUGCGCGCUGAAACGUGCAGCGCAGACGACGGUUUUACGCCUUUCUAUGUAGCAGCCACUCGUCACCACCAAGAAAUCUGCCGCAAAAUAUUAUCUUCGCUAAAAACAAGAUUGACGGAUGAUGAAUUACGAAAACAUCUAACUGAGUAUAAAGGAUUCGCAUAUACGGCCAUGUGGGAUGCUAUUUGCUUCCACAAUCUCAAAAUGUUUCAGCUGAUCCUUGAAUCAGUCAAACAAGCCUUAGGGCGACAUUACCUUAUGGCUUUGUUGAGAUCAGAAAAGCCCGUAGAUGCAUUUAGAACUUCGCAAUUUCAUGGAUCAGGCUUUUCCAUCUUGGGUCUAAACAACCGCAUAACGUUGUUCAAAAUAAUAGCCACAGUUUUACUAAACGACGGCAGUCAAGAGGGAUACACUAAUUUAAACGAUCUAGUCUUCCAUGAGAACGCCAUAGUCGGAAUAGUACUGAACACUAUCGAAGAAGAAACGUUUCAUAGAAUGGUGGACGUGAAUGGACUGGAAAAUUGGACAAAACGGUUUCUGGACGUCAACGUCCAAAGCGGAUUUCGUCUGCUAUCAACUGCCAUUGUAAGGUUUACUCUCAAUCAACGAAGGCAAUUCAUCAACACCAUCACAUCACCGAACAUUCCAACCUAUCAGUUUAACCAAAACAACAUCAGCUACUGGGGAAAGUGGUUUGAAGUCGAGUUUGGCGAUAAAGAUUUUGAAAGUUUGGACUCACUUUUGACAUUUUUAAAAGAUGAUGUUCCAAAACUGAUUUUUCAUGAUAAUUGCAUGGACGCCAUCAAGGCUUUAUUGUGUCAGAACUCAAAACUAGCUAUUGUUGCAUCGAAAUACUUUUCGUGGAAACACUACUUCAAAUUUAAAGGACACGUCAUGAAAAGCGGACCAGAAGUGAUCAACGAACUUUUCACUAGUAGAUUCACUCAGAAAAAAGUUGUCCGAUAUUGGGUCAACAUUUUGCCAUUUUACGUCGGUAAAAAGGGCAAAUGUCAUUUAAGAAAAUUAGUGGAGAGCGUUUUAUCUUUACACACUGAAAAGUAUAGAAAAAAAACGAUUCGGAUCAGCUUGUGGAGCAAGUACCUCGACAGCUUUGAAUACGGUGACCACGAGGUUGAAAAAGUGGACCAAUUCUUGAAACUCGUGUCACACAAGCUGGGCAAAAGAGCCGUCAGGAAAAUUGUUCUACACAAAGACUGUACGGGGAUUGUUCUACUUGGAGCUGAAUUACAACAAAAUGCAGAAUUGGUUAAUGCUCUACUCACCCACUUAAGCCAGGAGGACCGUUACUGGAUCCAGCACCUAGUCAGAACGACUGUGUUUUCUUCAAGACGGUAUACACGGGACGGCGCCGUCGCACCGUGCCAGUGUCAACCAAUGAAUGAUUGCUGGUGCUGGUACUAGAUACAGGUUGGCACAAAUGAUGAAGGGUAGGAAACGGUGCAAAAACCGUCAACUAGAGUUAUUUUAAAUACCAUUCAUCCAAGCAAAAUCCAGCAACAGCAAAGAAAGCUAAAAUGUCGCAGAGUGCAAAGAGCAUUUUCUCUUUGUUUUAUGCGCCAUGUCUUAUAUGUAUAUGCUUGUUUCAACCCCAAUGCGUGAAGCUCAGUUUCGAAAUAUGAUCUGAAUUAACAUUAUGUAAUUAAAACCAAACAAAUGUAAAAAAAAAGCUCUCGAGCGACCUGCUGAUGCUCGUUUCACGGUGCAUUGAUCGCUUUGAAACAAUUUUUAAAAAAAUUGUAUUGCUGAAUUCAUUGCAAAGGUGACAGCCAAUCACAGGUAACCUGGGGCUAUUUAGAAAACAGGAAUUUUUUUAUUCUCAACGUGACACAAUAAAUUUUGUUCAGACAUGUUAGUUUUUUCUAUUUGCGCGGAUGUAUUUGUAAUAAAUAACCAUUACUGUAGAACAAUGAACAUAAUAUUUUUAUUUAGGUAAGAGUAUUAACGUUAAAAUCGAAUAUGAAGCUUAGAUUUGAAAGUAAAUAUCUCAGUUUACUCGUUGAUUUCGUUGUAUAAUGCAAUUUUAAUGUUUUAGAGAACUGGAUGUUCUAGUUCAUUUGAUCCGACUUCAAACCUUGACAAUAGUUUUGGAAACGAAGAUAUUAUUUUUAAGUUAAAUUGUACACAAAACAAUGAAACCUAAAACGUCGAAGACCUGUUGGGUCUUUGUUCAGGAAAAUUUCCUGGUUCAUUUUCUGAAAGCGAUACGCAAGAAUAAUAGUUUUACCAACAUUUAAAAUGAAGAAUCUGAUGAUGAAGCCUUUCGUAGGGAUGAUUUCAAUUGCAGAAGAAUUGAGGAAAAAUUCGUCAAUGGUGAUAAAAGAGGACCGUGUUUUUCUAUCAAACGACGAAAACGAAAAUGUGGAUCAAAAUCAUACUUAAGUUGUUUCGUAUAAAUUAUUAAUGGCUAACAAACAUUUUUUAAACCAACAAACGAUUAUCUUUCACAAUAAAGUCUGUGAUGGCUCUAUCAUUUUUAUUUCUUAAGGUAAAACUACCUCUGCUUUGUAGCUUGAUCUCUAAUUUCGUCAACGGCAUCUCUAACUGUGUAAACGACCACAGCAAGUAUAACAGUUCAAAUAUGACGUCAUAACCGAUGAUUUUCCGCUGUUUCUUUAGCGCUAUUUCCAAUCUUUCUUUUUCGUAAAUGACAAUUUGAUUAUGUCCAACGAGGCCGCACAACAGAAAUGGUUUACUUAAACGUGCUGCUCACGUGCCACCUAUCGACUACCGGUUUUUCUUUUUUCGAGUGUAAUUAUUUUUCUAGCAUUAAAAACAAUUCAAAAGACAAUAGAAGAGGUAACGAAUAAAGUUAUUUGUUAUGGUUGCCAAUUUAGUUGAUUUUCUUUGUUAAUUUAACAUUAAACGCCAGGUUGUGUCAUAAAGAACCGUAGGCUUUUAUCAGUGAUAGAUCAUCUAUGGUACAGUAUAAAUAGCUUACUAAAAUUCUUUACGUUUGGUAACGGUGUUAGUUCGCUAGCGCCGUUACUACGUGAUACCAUAUCUGUUACUGACGAGUGUUUAUCUAAUGCUAAUUGCAGGUCUGGGAAUGGCUGAAACGAGUGACGCAGCGGUCGAAACGUUUCAAUAACGAGGAAUUGUGACCACACUAGCUGGUUGCAUGGAAAGCAAACAGUGUUUCAAGAAUUGUUCGUUUUCGUGUUCCAUAUUUGGUCAUUUCAAUUACUGUCCAAACAGCAAUUAAAGUCAGGUCGCACAUAGGCUUAGAUUAAUGCAUUACAAUUCUCGGCCAGAAGGCAAAUAUUUUUUGUUUAAAGUUUGCUAUGAAUUCAAAAUGUUAAAAAAAAAAAAAAAAACCUAUCGAAAAAUCAAAACAAAGUUUAAAACAAAUAAAAGACACAACCGAACAGAACAGAAAGAAUGUUGUUGCAUGCAAAUUUUCUACCACCAAAAUACGAGAGGGAGAUAAAAUGAAACAACCGCUAUACGGUUGCUCGUUUUCGUCCUUCAUAUUCUAUUAAAUUUCCCAAUAACUCAUGAUCUUACACAGGACGUCAGGGUCGCCUUCGGACGUGAAUCCAGGAAAUUUUUUUUUUUUUACCAGAUUUACUUUUGUAAAUCUGGUAAAAAUCUUCGCCACAGCGGUAAGACCAAAUUCGUACAACUCUCUUUAUUAUUUCCGCUCCCCAUUU